GCGCUGACACCAAUCGGCCACCGUAGCUUAGCAACCGAAUCAUAACAAUUCUUAUUCCGUUUAGAGUUUUCAUUUGAACAUUUAAAGCAGCUCAGACUUGCAGUUUAUCAGCAAGAGAGAAGACGCGAAAGAUGUCCAUCGUGAAAACCACCGUGAAUCUCCAGAGGAUUGACUGGCUGCUGCCGACAGGUGCAGUCAGUGUGCGGAUCGCCCCGGAAUACAUCCCCGGUCCAGUUGGCCGAGGACAAACCAGUUCCAGUGAUGCUGGCCGUCGGAAGAAGUGCCGCACCAGGCCGCCGGCAGCCAGCUCCCUGACCACGUCUGCCUCUCCUGGAUCUGCUGCCAUCCCGGUGGCAACCAGCAGGGGUCAGCAGGGCACAGGCCGCCGUAGAAAAACGGCGGGAGGCCGGUCAGGGCGAAGAAGGAGGUAUGACCAACAGAAGGGGUUAGAGCCUAAGCCCAGCUCACCAACCUUCUCCUCCUCUUCAUUUUUAUUUCCGUCUUCAGUCCCCUCCCCUUUUGUUUCAUCCCCAUUUCUUUUUAUGGGCUCCUCUGUUUUAUCCCCACACUUAGUCACACCUGUAAGCCCAGCUCCACAUCCAUUUUCAGCUCCAGGCAUGGUUCAUCUGACCCCUCUGCUUCAGGCUCCAGCACAGGCUGUAGCCGCCUCAUCUCACCUGGAAAAAUUCUAUUGGUUGUAUAACUAUUAUGUAACAAAGUACUCUAAAAUGACCUAUGACGCCAAGUGCUUUACUGAGUACUGGUGUCAGGAGUUUUGGAACAGACAUUUAAAUGAAAUUAACUUAGCGAAACAGGGGAAGAAUGAGGAUAAUGAGGGUACUCAUUCAACCAAGAGGCGUAGGAUUGAUGAAGAUGAGUUCAUCUUUCCUAUUGAUGCACUGGAGCAGCUAAGUACCAUGCCCAGGGCUCAGGAGAUGGGUGUGGAGAUGGGCUAUCAGUCAGAUGCACAUAGCUACAUUUCCCUGUAGAUUCAGCACAUAAUUACACGAGACUUGUCAUACGUACUUAGGAUAAGAUAAAAUUAGGAUAUGUUACCAUGUAGUUCUAUAGCAUAAGGUACUAUAGGAUAAGCUUAAGAUAGGAUAAGGUUAAGAUUGUAUAGAAUAAGAUAAAGAUAGGACAAGUUAAGAUAGUCUUAACUUGUAUGCCAUUUUAUGUUUUACAAAGACAUGAUAAAUUACCAUAAGUUUAGGAUAAGAUUAUAUGAGAUAACAUAGUAUAAGAAUAAGAUAGGAUUGCAUAGCAUAAGAUAAGAAAGAUAGGAUAAGAUAACAUAGAAUAAAAUUAAGAUAGGAUAGGUUACGGUAAGCUUAAGAUUGUAUAACAUAGGAUUAGAUUAAUUAUAAAUAAAGCAGUCCUCCUUAGAGGGGGGGUGGUGGAGGGAAUAUUUAAGAAAUAAAAAUAGGAUUAAUUAACAUAAGGUUAAGAUAAGAUUGUAUAACAUAGGAUUAGAUUAAUUGUAAAUAAAGCAGUCCUCCUCAGAGGGGGGGUGGUGGAGGGAAUAUUUAAGAAAUAAAAAUAGGAUUAAUUCAGAAGGUUAAGAUAAGAUUGUAUAACAUAGGAUUAGAUUAAUUAUAAAUAAAGCAGUCCUCCUUAGAGGGGGGGUGGUGGAGGGAAUAUUUAAGAAAUAAAAAUAGGAUUAAUUCAGAAGGUUAAGAUAAGAUUGUAUAACAUAGGAUUAGAUUAAUUGUAAAUAAAGCAGUCCUCCUUAGAGGGGGGGUGGUGGAGGGAAUAUUUAAGAAAUAAAAAUAGGAUCAGUUAACAUAAGGUAAAGAUAAGAUUGUAUAACAUAGGAUUAGAUUAAUUGUAAAUAAAGCAGUCCUCCUUAGAGGGGGGGUGGUGGAGGGAAUAUUUAAGAAAUAAAAAUAGGAUCAGUUAACAUAAGGUAAAGAUAAGAUUGUAUAACAUAGGAUUAGAUUAAUUGUAAAUAAAGCAGUCCUCCUUAGAGGGGGGGUGGUGGAGGGAAUAUUUAAGAAAUAAAAAUAGGAUCAGUUAACAUAAGGUUAAGAUAAGAUUGUAUAACAUAGGAUUAGAUUAAUUGUAAAUAAAGCAGUCCUCCUCAGAGGGGGGGUGGUGGAGGGAAUAUUUAAGAAAUAAAAAUAGGAUUAAUUCAGAAGGUUAAGAUAAGAUUGUAUAACAUAGGAUUAGAUUAAUUAUAAAUAAAGCAGUCCUCCUUAGAGGGGGGGUGGUGGAGGGAAUAUUUAAGAAAUAAAAAUAGGAUUAAUUCAGAAGGUUAAGAUAAGAUUGUAUAACAUAGGAUUAGAUUAAUUGUAAAUAAAGCAGUCCUCCUUAGAGGGGGGGUGGUGGAGGGAAUAUUUAAGAAAUAAAAAUAGGAUCAGUUAACAUAAGGUAAAGAUAAGAUUGUAUAACAUAGGAUUAGAUUAAUUGUAAAUAAAGCAGUCCUCCUUAGAGGGGGGGUGGUGGAGGGAAUAUUUAAGAAAUAAAAAUAGGAUCAGUUAACAUAAGGUAAAGAUAAGAUUGUAUAACAUAGGAUUAGAUUAAUUGUAAAUAAAGCAGUCCUCCUUAGAGGGGGGGUGGUGGAGGGAAUAUUUAAGAAAUAAAAAUAGGAUCAGUUAACAUAAGGUUAAGAUUAGAUUGUAUAACAUAGGGGGGCGGCAUGGUGGUGCAGUGGUUAGCACUGCUGCCUCACACCUCUGGGACCCGGGUUCGAGUCUCCGCCUGGGUCACAUGUGUGUGGAGUUUGCAUGUUCUCCCCAUGUUGUCGUGGGGUUUCCUCCGGGUACUCUGGUUUCCCCCCACAGUCCAAAAACAUGCUGAGGCUAAUUGGCGUCGCUGGAUUGCCCAUAGGUGUGCAUGUGUGAGUGACUGGUGUGUGAGUGUGCCCUGCGAUGGGCUGGCCCCCCAUCCUGGGUUGUUCCCUGCCUCGUGCCCAUUGCUUCCGGGAUAGGCUCCGGACCCCCCGCGACCCAAUAGGAUAAGCGGUUUGGAAAAUGGAUGGAUGGAUGUAUAACAUAGGGCUACAGUGAAGAAAUCAAAAAUUUCAAGGCAGCAUGAAGGUAACGCACAAUCAGGGAUGUGCAAUUUCUGAGGCAUGUAUUCAAAAAAAGUAUUUUAAUUGUGUUUUAUCAUUCAUAUUUGACUUAGUUCAUGAAAUAAAAUGUUUUUUUCUACAGACUUUGAUCAGUGUUUUUGUAUUUUGUAAAAUACGAGAAAUACUGUAUGCAUGGUAAUGUCAGGUGUGCAAAAUGUUUGUGCUAACAAAGGACACAGAGCCCCUAGAAGGGCACAGAGCCAGGCUGAGCACCACAGCGCUAUCCAGCCCAUGGCUGCCGAUGGUCACAUUCCACCAGAACCCCCCCAACACUAACUCCCCAGGGAACUUCCAAGCAGCAGAGCAGAUUCCAACAACCGAGGAUCAAAGGAAAAGAAAAGAUACUGGCAGGAAGAAGAUGAUCUUGUGGCCAAAGGUUAAAAAUGUAGAAGUUUGGAGAACAAAUGUGUUACAAAUGAAAUAUUAUUUGAAAUGUGCUACAGCUUAAUCAUUCUAUCAUACAUCCAUCCAUCCAUUUUCCAAACCGGAGACUCGAACCUGGGUCCCAGAGGUGUGAGGCAACAGUGCUAACCACUGCACCACCAUGCCGGCCCACAAAUUUAAACAAAUUCAUUUUAAAUAACUUUAAUCUCAGAGCCAAUUGCCAUGUGCCCACAAAUAUUUCAAUUAUUAUUGUUUAUGAUUAUAAAUGCCGAAUACAUUCCUGGAGCCUUCGAUUUAGCAUACACAGUGCCCUCUACAGGAUUCUAUCGAAACAGCAUCUCUCAACCUCGUUCACAAGAUUUGUCUUUUUCACAAAACGUUUUUCUUUGUAAAUCCCAAAAUCUUCCUAUAAAUGUAUGUAUGAA